AUGUCCGCAGGGGGAGAUUUUGGGAACCCACUGAGAAAAUUCAAGUUGGUGUUCCUGGGGGAGCAGAGCGUCGGGAAGACGUCUCUGAUCACGCGGUUCAUGUACGACAGCUUCGACAACACGUACCAGGCCACCAUUGGGAUUGACUUCUUGUCAAAAACCAUGUACUUGGAGGAUCGUACGGUGCGGCUGCAGCUCUGGGACACAGCCGGCCAAGAGAGGUUCCGCAGCCUGAUUCCCAGCUACAUCCGGGACUCCACCGUGGCUGUGGUGGUGUACGACAUCACAAAUCUCAACUCCUUCCAGCAGACCUCUAAGUGGAUCGACGAUGUCAGGACAGAGAGGGGCAGCGAUGUUAUCAUCAUGCUGGUGGGCAACAAGACGGACCUGGCCGACAAGAGGCAGAUAACCAUCGAGGAGGGAGAGCAGCGCGCCAAAGAACUGAGCGUCAUGUUCAUCGAGACCAGCGCAAAGACCGGCUACAACGUGAAGCAGCUCUUCCGACGUGUGGCGUCAGCUCUGCCUGGAAUGGAGAAUGUCCAGGAGAAAAGCAAAGAAGGGAUGAUCGACAUCAAGCUGGACAAGCCCCAGGAGCCCCCAGCCAGCGAGGGAGGCUGCUCCUGCUAAUAUGCAGCCUGCCCGGCCGGCUUCCUUUGACACUACUCGCUUGUUGUGUUGCUUCCUAUUGGUUAGCUUCCUAAGGGGGGGUGGGAAAGGAGCUUAUCAGGAUGGGAGGAUUUUUCUUUUCUCUCUGUCUCUGGGAGUGGGGGGGGUGGGGAGGGAGGCUGGGCAUCAGGGAUCACGUCACUCUUAACAGCUGUUACUUAAACAACUAUUUUUUGGUUUGGUUGUAAUAUAUUGUACUUUAUUAAGAUUGCCAAAAACUGUUGAAAUU